AUGCUGCAUCAGCAACAACUGCCAGCGUCUCCAUCACCGUCAGCAACUGCCAAGGCCUUGCUGGAGCCAGUGGUUGAAGGGAUCCGACUGGGUGGUCUUGUGGAAGUUUUCGGCCUUUCAUCGGCUGAACUUCAGGCGUACGACCAGGACAUCAACGGUUCCGUCGGACAGGCGGUGAGCUUUGAUAGUGCCUCUGGAAAGUUCCACGUGUACCUUAGCUGCGGUGCUGCUGGCUACUUCCAUCCCUCGAACGUGAGGGCUGCGGAGGCGCCUAGACGACCCGGCGAAGGCGGUUCACCUGAGAGCUUUGAUGUCUUAGUCGGGCCUCGGACUGAUGGCAAAAUCAUGGGCGGUGAAAUCUCAACCUGUCUUAUGGAGAAGGGGUUCUGUGUCCUGAGAAUUUGCCAAAGUGCAAGACUAGCACAUCAAGCUCUAGUGAGAAUGCAGGAUCUGGGAAGCAUGAACAGAUUGUCACGCUUUCCAGAGGAGGUUGAGCAGGGCUACCUGGGCUUUAGCUGCCGAGGGAGAGUUGCUUGGCUCGACUCUGCAGGUGAUUUGGACCAGGACCCUGCAUUGAAGAGCAACGAUGCCAACCUCUCUUAUCUCGCACAGUCGAUCCAACCAUAUGCUGGUGAUGUUCUAGAUGGUCAGCUUGACUCGAGAACACCUGGAUUGGUGUGCCUCACCAUUGAUGGUGCUGCCGACUCUGAAUAUCCCUGUCCAGAGGCCAGCGAUGAGUCUCUAGGAACAUUCCUGCAAACGUGGAGGCGCAGCUUGGUGAGAGCUGUGCAUUUCAUGGGGCCGUUUCCGGCUGAAGUGGAGCUGGAUGCGCGUGAAACUUCUAAAGCUAGCAAGGUCCCCAGCCUGAUUGACAACAUGAAGAUUACAGCUGCUCCAAACACAGUUCUGUUAUUCAGACCAGACGUGUACGACUACACCUGCGUGGCCCCAAAGGACACUCUCAUGCUCAUCACCAACUUUCUGGCUGCUGUCCCCGAGAUGGUCUUUGGCGACAUUCAGGGGGACACAGACUGGCUGCUGAAGGAGGAGGGCCCGCCUCCUCCAGCCGGCAGCGAACAUAUUCAUGUCAUGAACACUGUUGCCCGUCUCCCCGGCAACUGCGACAGCCAGUGGCACAACUGGGCUGCCUUGAACUCCGGCACUGAUACCAUCAUCCAGAUCCCUAUCUGUCGAUGGGAUGUCAGCGUGUAUUGGAAUCCAGAUGAGAAUGUCUUCGAGCCUUGGCAGACGACGACCCGGCACCAGUCGUACUGUGAGGGAGCCGAGUUCUUUGACAACCGCUACUUCGAAAUCUCCAACAACGAGGCAAACUCCAUGGAUCCUGUGCAGCGAUUGGUACUUGAAUGUGGUGCUCAGAGCAUGGCCAUGGUGGGCCUCACCAAAAAGGAGUGCAACCGAAAAUCCACGCAUGCUGGCUUCUGUGUGGGAAACGACAAGCUGGAUUGGAUGACCUGCCCGAAGGAGGGUACCCCUUCCGGUACCAGCACUGUCCUGGCCAUCAUUGCGAACCGAUUCAGCUUCGUUUUCAACUUGAAAGGCCCGAACUUCGUUUGCGAUACUGCUUGUUCAGCUUCCCUGACGUCAACGCACUGUGCCAGAUUCAUGAUCAGCAACCAGAAGUUUGAUCCACUGGAAUUCUUUAUCUCAAUGGGUGCCCACCUGUGUCUAUCUCCUGGGCCCUUCAUCGGCUGCUCCCAGUCUCACAUGUCCAGCCCCAAGGGCCGCUGCUUUACCUUCAACGCCUCUGCAGAUGGAUACCUGCGAGGAGAAGGUGUGAGUGGCUUCAUGAUGAAAUGGGGCGGCUACACUCCUGAGCAGAGCAUGGGCAUCCUCCGAUCCACUGGCUGUGGACAGGAUGGCCGCAGCGCCUCACUGACAGCUCCCAAUGGACCAGCACAAGAGGAGCUGGUGGCCAGGGCCAUCAAGGAGGCUUUGAUGACGCCGCCCGAGUCCACAGCUUGGGAGUGUCACGGCACCGGCACUUCGCUCGGUGAUCCGAUUGAGGUCGGAGCUGUGCGAAAGGUGCAGAUCAGGGCACCGCGCUCCGAGCCGCUUAUGAUGGGAUCCGCGAAGACAAACAUCGGGCACUUGGAAGGUGGUGCCGCCAUGGGCGGCAUUGUGAAGUGCAUUAUGCAGUGCAGAAGCGCGAAAUGCUGUCCUACACAGCACCUGCGGACGCUGAACCCUCACUUGGAGCAUGCAAAGUUCGAAGCGCACUUCGAGACUGAGCCAGCAGCAUUUGCCACCAACCAGGGCAACUCCCAGGUUUCCUCCUUCGGAUUCGGUGGCACCAAUGCCCACGGUGUCUUCUGGGGCAUGAACGUGAGCAUCAAAGAGGAUGUGGAGAAGGUGUGGAUGAAGAAGCUGUUGUCAAGACCGCCACCUGAAGUCCGCCCAAUGGGCCCGGACUUCGACAAGUGGGAAGCUGAUUUCCCGGACACGCGAAUGGUCCGAAAGGGCGCCAAGUUCAGCCUUAGUAUGGGGCCGGAUGAAGGCAACGAGCCUUUGAGGUGGGAUGUGGUGGACGAAAGCAAGGAACUAGAAGUAGACGACAUGGAGGCUACUUUUGCCAUCACCGGCAAUUUCAACAAUUGGGAUGACGAGGAGGCGAUCCCCAUGGAAGACGGAGAGGUUCCCGGAGUCCACCGUAUCAAUCUCCAGGUGCCAGCAGGUGGCGAGUUGCAUUUCCACUUGCUCAAGGGCGGAAAUGCCAAGCAGAUUGUGGGCCCUGAAGUUGACGAGUGCACUCGAAAGGGGGCCAAAAUCAUCGGGCCACAGGAGAACCUCAAGAACAAGUGGGUCAUCAGUGCUCCGGAGGGCAAGGAAGUGCGAAUCGAAUUUUUCAGCCGAAAUGGUCGACGCUCCAUACUUUGGAUCCUUUCAAAGGGUGAUGCGCUGCCGCUGGAGUCUGGUGGUGAUGACGAGUGA